AUGACGUCACGAUUGCAGAAGCCGCGAGGGAUGAUCAGCCGGCAGCAAAGAGAGACAGGAGAAAAGCAAGGACAGACCCCGUUCCCGUGUUAUCCAGUUUCAUCUGCGCCAAGUGCCCGAGAGACUGCCGCUCCAGGGUGGGACUACACAGUCACCAGAGGCGAUGUAACUCCAUCGCUUGUUUUCGUUUCUUUCUCUUUACUUUUCUUUCUUUCUUUAUUUUCUUUUAAAUUAUUUUUCCUUCCUGUCCUUUUAAAUAUUUUCUUUCUUGUUUCUUUUUCUUUCUUUCUUUCUUUCUUUCUUUCUUUCUUUCUUUCUUUCUUUCUUUCUUUCUUAUAUGAACUCUUAGGCUUGAUUAUCUAUCUAUCUCUCUAUCUAUCUAUCUAUGCGAUUCAUUCACACUAUUACUACGACAUACUCUUUCAAUGUGAUUCGUAUCUAUCUAUCAAUCUAUCUGUAGACCUCUUUUUCUCUCUCUUUCUGAGAUUAAAUGCUGAAUUAAUUGAUUACUGUCCAUUAUCUAUCUAUCUAUCUAUCUAUCUAUCUGUUGGUCUCUCUCUCCCUCUCUCUCUCUCUCUCUCUCUAUCUAUAUAUAUAUAUAUAUUUUGUUUUAUCUAUCUAUCUAUCUAUCUAUCUAUCUAUCUAUCUAUCUAUCCCAGUUUGUUCAAAUCUAUCUAUCUAUCUAUCUAUCUAUCUAUCUAUCUAUCUAUCUCUUUUUGUUUGCAUAAGCUUCUUAUCUGUGCGUUUUCGCCUCCCUAUCUAUCUAUCUAUCUAUCUAUCUAUCUAUCUAUCUAUCUAUCUAUCUAUCUCAUUCUAAUCAUUAUCUAUCUAUCUAUCUAUCUAUCUAUCUAUCUAUCUAUCUGUGUAACUUCUCUGUAA